UCUCCAAAAACGAACGCCCCAGCCACAGCCACCGCGCUCCACAGCAACAGCCAUCGCGCUCCACAUCGGACAGCCAUCGCACAGCCGCCGCACCUCCACAUCGCAAACCCAUCGCACAGCCGCCGCACGUCCACGGCGCUUCGCCGCCGCACGUCCACAGCGCACAGCGCUUCGGCACCGCCUAGCCACCGCCCACCCGCCCAGACACCGCCCGCCGGCCCAGCCACGGCCCGCCAGCCCAGCCACCGCCCCCGAGUCCAGCCACCGCUCGCCACCGCACAUCGCACGUCCACUGGUAUUAGUUAGAUUCGGGAUUUAUUUACGGACGUGGAUAACUAUGUGGUGAGGGGGCAUUGGAUGUUGAUGGCUAUUUGUCCUAAAUUAUAUGAAAUCUAUUGGUUUGAUUCCAUUGGUAAUCCGCCACGUGAUGAUAUUAAAGAUAUAGUUGAAACGUCUUUGAAGGCAACAAGCAUAAUAGGUGGAAAGAAAGCAAGUCGUCAAGUAAAAUGGAUUACAUGUUCGUGUGCCAUACAAAGAGGAUGUACCGAAUGCGGAUAUUAUGUGAUGAAAUUUAUUUUGGAAAUCAUUUCAUUGGGAACAUGCAAGGGAAUGAAUAAGCUUUUGGAGAGACAAGGAAGAUUGCCAUACAAUCAAAAAGAAAUUGAUGAAGUUAGAGACAUAUGGUGCCAAUAUUUAGUUGAUGAAUGGGUUGAUAGAUUACUUCUUUAGCUUGAUGAAUUGUGAGAUUUAUGUUAAAUACUUGUUGUUUAUUAGUGUUAUUGAAUUGUGAGAUUUAUGUUGAAUAUUCAAUGUUUUAUUAGUUAUUGUAGUAUACUUUAUUAGUUU